AGCGAGCAUCGCGGCGCCUCGCUGAGAUGCUGCGGGCGGGAGCACCAACCCCGGACUUACCCCGGGCCGGAGAAGUCCACACCGGGACAACCAUCAUGGCAGUGGAGUUUGAUGGAGGUGUUGUGGUGGGCUCUGAUUCCCGGGUGUCUGCGGGAGAGGCGGUGGUGAACCGAGUGUUUGACAAGCUGUCCCCCCUACACCAGCGCAUCUACUGUGCACUCUCUGGUUCAGCAGCCGACGCUCAGGCUGUGGCUGACAUGGCCACCUACCAGCUGGAGCUCCAUGGGGUGGAACUGGAAGAACCUCCACUUGUUCUGGCUGCUGCAAACGUGGUGAGGAAUAUCACCUACAAAUAUCGGGAGGACUUGUCUGCACAUCUCAUGGUAGCUGGCUGGGACCAGCAUGAAGGCGGCCAGGUAUAUGGAACACUGGGAGGAAUGCUGACUCGACAGCCCUUUGCCAUCGGUGGCUCUGGCAGCACCUAUAUCUACGGUUAUGUGGAUGCAGCAUAUAAACCAGGCAUGUCUCCUGAGGAGUGCAGGCGCUUCACCACAGAUGCUAUCGCUCUGGCCAUGAGCCGGGAUGGCUCUAGUGGAGGUGUCAUCUACCUGGUCACUAUUACAGCUGCUGGUGUGGACCAUCAAGUAAUCUUGGGCAACGAGCUGCCGAAAUUCUAUGAUGACUGAAUCUUCUUCAGACUUUCCUUCCUUGUUUUGUAAUAAACUCUC